GAUACUAUGAAAAUUCUGUGAUGAUUUUAACAAAAGGAAUAGAAAUGGAUGUUGUACAUGUCCUUUCUAUCUACGCAACCAUAGAUCUCUCGAGCAAUAAAUUCCGAGGAGUCAUUCCAGAUGCCAUUGGAAAUCUCAUUUCAAUUCGAGGGCUAAACCUUUCCCAUAAUGAGUUGGGAGGUCCGAUUCCACUGAGUUUUGCAAACUUAACUUCUCUGGAAUCCUUGGACCUAUCCGCAAACCAAAUUGAUGGCGAAAUUCCGCAACAGUUAAAAGGCUUUGACAUAUCUUCAAGUGCUGAACCUUUCCAAAAACCAUCUGAUGGAUAGCAUUCCGCGAGGCAGAGUUUAAUACAUUUGAAAAUGCAUCAUACCUUGACAAUGAUGGCCUUUGUGGAUUCCCAUUGUCAAGAAUUUGUGGUGCACCAACAACAACGGAAACUUUGGACUCAGAUGGGAAAGAAAUGAAGUACUUUAUCAAUGGAUUUACUUGGCAAGCCGUAUUGAUUGGGUAUGGUGGUUGGAGUGAUCAUAGGUUGCCUUAUUUUCAUCACUGGAAAACCGAAAGGGUUUAACAAAUUUGUAGAACAAGAAUGCUCCAGAUUUCGCAGGAAAAAAGUGGCCUAAAGAGGUCAAAUGGUUGUAACAUUCAAGGCAUUUGCUAAUAAGAACGGUUUUGAGAGAAUUAUUAAAAAGGGCAUGGAAAAGAUCACUAUUAUUCUUAAGGGCAUCAUCAUUUUUUAUGAUUUAGUAUAAAUGUUGAUUCAAUAAUCUAGUAAAAAUUUUGAAUUGAGAGGAGAAGAAUGAAGUCACAGUCGAAACUAAUUACUGUUUUUGCUCUUUUUUGUUGAGAGAGGGAGAGCCCGACUGAUAUUUACUGGAGAAGAAGAAGAAUAUAUUAGAUCAUUUUGGUAAAAGGAAGGUUGAAUUAGUCUUUUAAGUUAUUAGAAAACUUUAGUUGUAUUUAUCACAUUUACAAAAUAUAAUUAAAAUUGGUUAUGCCCUUGGUAAUAAUAUUGAUCUUUGCCAUGCC